AGGGAGAAAAUAAAUGCAUAGCAUUCAACGACCUCUUUCCAGCCUCCAAAGUCGUUGCGGAUUGACCCAUCGCUGUUGCCAGGCAUUGAAAACAUUUUCUUUAAAUACACUGCUUCUGAGGCCACGAUUUGGGGGAAAAAGACAAGAAUGUUUUCCGGGAACACAUUAUGCGACGGCGGCGCUAGUGGCGAUGAGGAGGAGGGGCUUGUUCUGACCGCCUUGCAGAGGUCUCCGACGUAUGAUCGUGCCCGAACCGCCGUCUAUCGCAACACUGCUGGGGAGCUGGCGUUGGUGGAUGUUGGCAGAAUCAGUAGUGAUGAGCAGAAGCAGGUUUUGGAUAAGCUGGUUGCUGCUGUUGAUGAAGAUGUGGAGGGAUUUCUCAGGAGGGUUAGGGAGAGAUUUGAUGCCGUCGGCCUGGAAUUUCCAAAAGUCGAGGUUCGAUUUGAGAAUCUGAAGGUGGAUGCUUUAGUCCAUGUCGGAAGCAGAGCUCUGCCGACCAUACCUAAUUUCAUUUUUGACAUGACUGAGGCUUUCUUGAGGCAGCUCAGGAUUUUCUCCGGUGGGAGACAAAAACUUCCUAUCCUAAACAAUAUAAAUGGCAUUAUACGACCUUCAAGGUUGACUCUGCUUCUUGGACCUCCAAGUUCUGGAAAGACGACAUUUCUUUUGGCUCUUGCAGGUCGCCUCGCACCAAGUUUGCAGAUAUCAGGGAAAGUUACAUAUAACGGACACGGUCUAGACGAGUUUACCCCUCAGAGGACUUCAGCAUAUGCAAGUCAGCAGGAUUUACACAUCGCUGAGAUGACUGUGAGGGAGGUACUUGAAUUUGCAGGAUCCUGUCAGGGUGCUGGAUUCAAGCGUGAAAUUCUCAUGGAACUUCUUAGAAGAGAAAAAAUUGCUGAAAUUUACCCGGAUCAAGAACUAGAUAUCUUUAUCAAGGCAGUACUUUUGGGGCAACAGACAAGCGUACUUGUGGAAUACAUCUUGAAGAUUUUAGGAUUGGACAUUUGUGCUGAUACAUUGGUUGGAGAUGAAAUGCUUAAAGGAAUAUCUGGAGGGCAAAAAAAGCGGCUUACAACGGCUGAACUGCUUAUGGGUCCUUCUAGGGUACUUUUCUUGGAUGAGAUAUCAACGGGACUAGACAGCUCUACUACACACCACAUCAUCAAUUAUCUUCGGCACACAACUCAUGCACUUGAUGGUACAACACUAGUAUCUCUCUUGCAACCGGAUCCUGAGACAUACAAGAUGUUUGAUGACGUAAUUCUUUUUAGCGAGGGACAAAUAGUAUAUCAGGGGCCCUGUGAAGUGGCAGUUGAUUUUUUCACUUUUAUGGGUUUCAAGUGCCCAUCCAGGAAAAAUGUUGCUGACUUCCUACAAGAGGUCUUAUCUGAAAAGGAUCAAGAGCAGUAUUGGUUCAAGAACGAACAGUACACAUAUGUAUCUGCGGCAAAGUUUGUAGAAGGUUUUCAAUCCUUUCAUGUUGGCAAUUCGUUGGCACAGGAUUUGGCCAUCCCAUUUGAUAAAAAUUACACUCAUCCAGCUGCCCUGUCUACCAAGACUUAUGGUAUAAGUAGGGCUAAGCUUCUAAGGAUCAGUUUAUCAUGGCAGAUGCUACUGCUGAAGCGGAAUUCUCCUGUGUUCAUUUUCAAAAUAAUUCAGCUCCUCCUAAUUAUUCUUAUGAUGAUGAGUGUAUUCUUCCGUACUACAUUGCAUCAUAAUACUCUGGAUGACGGGGGCAUCUACCUUGGUGCCCUUUACUUUGCAAUAGUUAUGAUUCUUUUUAAUGGGUUUAUGGAGGUCCCAAUGUUGAUAGCUAAGCUUCCUGUUCUUUACAAACAAAGAGAUCUACGCUUCUAUCCAUGUUGGAUCUACACUCUUCCCUCUUGGCUCUUGAGCAUUCCCCUUUCUUUUUUAGAAUCUUUUCUAUGGGUAGCAGUUACGUAUUAUGCCAUUGGCUUUGAUCCUCAAAUAACCAGAUGCGUUUUUCAGUUCUUGUUAUACUUCACUUUGCACCAGAUGUCAAUAGGUCUUUUUCGUGUGAUGGCAUCAUUAGGGCGAAAUAUGGUGGUUGCCAACACAUUUGGGUCUUUCGCCAUGUUGGUUGUCAUGGUCCUUGGAGGGUUCAUACUUUCAAGAGAUAGCAUCCCAGUUUGGUGGAUAUGGGGUUACUGGUUUUCCCCUAUGAUGUAUGCCCAAAGUGCAGCUUCGGUUAAUGAAUUUCUCGGCCACUCUUGGCAUAAGAAAGCUGGAGACGGCAGUUCUUUGUCCUUGGGAGAAAUGCUAUUGAAGAUUCGCAGUUUAUUUCCAAAUGACCGUUGGUAUUGGAUUGGCGUUGGAGCAUUACUUGGAUAUAUCUUAUUAUUCAAUACUCUGUUCACUGUGUUUCUGACUUACCUAAAUCCUCUUGGGAAUCAGCAAGCUGUUAUCUCCAAGGAGGAUUGCCAUGACAAAGAGAAGGGGAAUCAGAUUCGACGUUUCAUCUAUUCUUUUGGAGAGUUUUUGCAACGUUCACACUCAUUUACUGGUUCCCGGAAGAGCUCUGAAUCUCACAUCAUGACAUUUGGAGAAUUUCUGCAGCACUCACACUCAUUCACUGGCAAGAGCAACGAGAAGCAGAGAGGAAUGGUUCUCCCAUUCAAACCUCUUUCCAUGUGUUUUAGCAACAUCAACUACUACGUUGAUGUUCCACUGGAAUUGAAGGGGCAAGGCUUACAAGAAGAAAAGUUGCAGCUACUGGUAAAUGUAACUGGAGCAUUCCGGCCCGGUGUCCUCACUGCAUUAGUCGGUGUCAGUGGUGCUGGUAAAACUACCCUCAUGGAUGUUUUAGCUGGUAGGAAAACUGGAGGACAUAUUGAAGGCAGGAUCUACAUUUCGGGAUAUCCGAAGAAUAAAAAAACUUUUGCUAGGAUCUCGGGAUACUGUGAACAGAGCGAUGUUCAUUCUCCAUGCCUGACAGUGCACGAAUCACUUGUAUAUUCUGCUUGGCUCCGACUCUCCACUCAGUGUGACUUCGCGACACAGAGAGCAUUUGUGGAUGAGGUUAUGGCACUAGUUGAACUAACUCAACUACGUAGGGCACUAGUCGGGGUACCAGGAGUGGACGGCUUAUCAGUAGAGCAAAGGAAAAGGCUUACAAUAGCAGUCGAGCUUGUUGCCAAUCCUUCUAUAGUUUUCAUGGAUGAACCGACUUCAGGCCUUGAUGCCAGGUCCGCAGCCAUUGUGAUGAGAGCUGUGAGGAACAUCGUUGAUACUGGUCGAACAAUAGUUUGUACUAUUCACCAGCCCAGCAUUGAUAUCUUUGAAUCUUUUCAUGAGCUUUUACUCAUGAAACGAGGCGGGCGGCUCAUCUAUGCUGGUCCAUUGGGAGACAAAUCCACCAAACUCAUCGAGUAUUUUGAGGCUAUUCCCGGAGUUCGAAAAAUAAGACCUGGAUAUAAUCCGGCAGCUUGGAUCCUCGAAGUCACGUCUCCAGCUGAAGAAAAUCGUCUCAGUUUGGAUUUUGCAGAAAUAUAUCUCCAAUCGGAUUUGUACAAGCAAAACAAGAUUCUGGUUGAGAGUUUAUCCAAACCAGAUAAGGAUACAACUGAACUGAAUUUCCCCAGCAAAUACUCACAGUCGUUUUUCGGUCAGUUUCUGGCAUGCCUUUGGAAGCAGAACCUCUCGUACUGGCGUAACCCGCAGUACACUGCCGUACGCUUCUUCUACACCGUUAUCAUCUCCUUGAUGUUCGGAACAAUCUGCUGGAAAUUCGGAUCCAAAAGAGAAACUCAGCAGGAUAUAUCGAACGCUAUGGGGUCUAUGUACGCAGCCGUUUUGUUUAUAGGAAUCACAAACGCAACAUCUGUGCAGCCAGUGGUAUAUGUUGAAAGAUUUGUUUCGUACAGGGAAAGAGCUGCCGGGAUGUAUUCUGCGCUGCCCUUCGCCUUAGCCCAGGUUGCAGUAGAGUUCCCUUAUGUCUGUGUGCAGUCCCUCAUCUACAGCACCAUCUUCUACUUCAUGGCCUCGUUCGAGUGGAACGUGUGGAAGUUUCUAUGGUACAUCUUCUUCAUGUACUUCACGUUACUCUACUUCACCUUCUUCGGGAUGAUGACCAUCGCCAUCACGCCCAACCACAACGUUGCUGCCAUCGUUGCAGCCCCCUUCUACAUGAUGUGGAACCUCUUCAGCGGCUUCAUGGUUCCCUACAUGAGGAUCCCGGUGUGGUGGAGGUGGUACUACUGGGCGAACCCGAUCGCGUGGAGCCUGUACGGACUGCUGACAUCUCAGUAUGGAGACAUGGGUGAUCCGGUAAGGCUGAGUGAUGGUGUGAACACACUGCCUGUGAAGGAGCUGUUGAAGGAUCAGUUCGGAUUCCGGCAUGAUUUCUUGAGCCUUGCUGCUUUGGUGGUGGCCGGAUUCUGCGCCCUCUUCGCCGCCACCUUCGCCGUCGCCAUCAAAUACUUCAACUUCCAGAGGAGAUGAAAUCAGAUUUUUGUGAAGAAAAAUGUUGGGAGGGCUGCAAUGCAUAUAGAUAUACUAAUCAAGUUGUGUUUGAGUUUGGAGUCAUAAAACUUGUGGAAAAAUUCACCACAAGAUUAGAUUUUGAUGAUUGUGAUGGAAUUUUCAAGCAUUUAUUCCUCUCAAUUCUAGGAUAUUUAAUCUAAGGUAUCUACCAUAUAGUAUAUUGUUGUUCAGCUAUAUCAUAUUCAUAUGUAUGUAUUUUUAUUCCUGCAAAUUCUUUAUACCAACUAAAGUUUUUUUUUU